AUGUGUGUGUGUGUGAGACUCGUAAUAUGUGUCAAAUAGUGAGGGGAGACUUCUCUAUGUAGGCGACUAAAGCGAAUGUGUUUAACACCAGAGGUCAGAAAGACAGAGAUUUCUCGAAGUAACUAGUUUUAAUCUGAAACCCGCUCCACAACACCGGCACAUAUGCGAAAGUAGCGGAUUUUUUGAGUAAAACAAAGAUUUGUCAAGGGAACUUCUGUCAAGAGGGGAAGGAAAUAAGCCGGACACACCAGAAGAGGAUAUUUAUUUGGGGAAAUCGUAAUAUGAAAAAGGAGCAGGUCGAGAUAUUAGGUUUUGUCCCUCAGAAAGAGAUCGUCUAUAACAAACUUCUCCCGUACGCAGACAAACUAGACCGCGAAUCCAAUGACAUUUUGGCCCAGAUUAAAGGGAACUUGGGUCGGGCUGUCCAGCUCCGUGAGUUAUGGCCCGGAGUUUUACUUUGGACUCGGAAACUCUCCACAUACCUUCGGCUGUAUGGGAGAAAGUUCAGCAAGGAGGAUCAUGUGCUCUUCAUCAAGCUUCUGUACGAGCUGGUCACCAUCCCCAAGCUGGACAUCAGCAUGAUGCAGAGCUUUGCACGACUCCUCAUCAACUUACUGAAGAAGAAAGAACUGCUGUCCCGGGAUGACUUGGAAUUGCCUUGGAGGCCUUUAUACGAUCUCUAUGAGAGUAUCCUGUACUCAAAAACUGAGCAUCUCGGUCUUAACUGGUUUCCAAAUUAUCGAGCAGAAGCCUCAACUAAACAAAAAAUGCUUAAUAUUGUGCGCAAGCGCUCAGUGGAGAAUGUGUUGAAGACACUAGUCAAGAGCUGCAGACUUUAUUUCUCUGAGUCAGCUACACAGGAGAUGCUUGAUGAGUGGCGGCCAUUACUGUGCCCGUUUGAUGUCACUAUGCAGAAGGCCAUUAGCUACUUUGAGCUCUUCUUGCCCACCAUCAUGCCCCCAGAACAGCAUCACAAAGGCUUCAAGUUAUGGUUUGAUGAAAUGAUGGAUCUCUGGGUUUCAGUGCAAAACCUGCCUGCUUGGGAGGGUAAUUUAGUGAAUAUUUUUGCACGUCUGGCUAAUGACAACAUUGGCUAUGUGAACUGGGAUCCGUACAUUCCCAAGAUCUUCACUAGGGUUCUGCGUAGCUUCAAUCUCCCUGUUGGCACCAGCCAAAUGAUCGUUCCCAGAUAUUUGAGCAACUCCUACGAUAUCGGUCACGUGGUCCUCUGGAUUUCCUCCAUGCUAGGCGGCCCACAAAACCAGGUCCAGACACAGCUUAAUGGGCUCUUCAGUAGUAUAGCAUCUUUCUACCACCCUUCAAAUAAUGGGCGCUGGCUGAUGAAGCUGAUGAAGUUUCUACAGCGUCUGCCUGCCAGUGUUGUUCGGCGGCUACAUCGGGAGCGCUAUAAGAAACCCUGCUGGAUCACCCCUGUUCCCGCCAGUCACAGACUCACAGACCAGGAUGUGACUGACUUUGUGGAGAGCAUGAAGCAGCCGGUACUGAUGGCCAUGUUCAGCAAAACAGGCAGCAUGGAUGCAGCUCAGGCCUUGCAGAACCUGGCCCUGAUGAGACCAGAGCUGGUCAUCCCACCUGUGCUGGAGAAGACGUAUCCUGCUAUGGAGACACUGACGGAGCCACACCAACUUACUGCCACUCUCAGCUGCAUGAUUGGUAUGGCCCGCAGUCUUCUCAGCGGUGGCCGACAUUAUCCCGAAGGUCCCGCGCAUGUCCUGCCCCUGCUAAUGAGAGCACUGCCUGGUGUUGACCCUAAUGACUUUAGCAAAUGCAUGAUCACGUUCCAGUUCAUUGCUACUUUUACUACUUUAGUGCCUUUGGUGGAUUGUUCAUCAGCCCUCCAUGAGAAGAAUGACUUGACAGAGAUGGUGAGAGAGUUGUGUUCGGCUUCUGCUGAGUUUGAAGACUUUGUUCUGCAGUUUAUGGACAGGUGUUUUGCAUUGAUUGACAGCAGCACUCUGGAGCAGACGCGCGAGGAGACGGAGACAGAGAAAAUGACUCCUUUAGAGAGUCUGGUGGAGCUGGGCCUUUCAUCCACCUUCAGCACCAUUCUGACACAGUGCUCCAUGGAGAUAUUCAAGGUGGCUCUCGAGAAAGUCUUCAACUUUGCCACGACCAACAUCUUUGAGACUCGUGUUGCAGGCAGGAUGGUGGCUGACAUGUGCAGAGCGGCUGCUAAGUGUCACCCUGCUGAGUCUCUCAGGCUGUUUGUACCACACUGCUGUAACGCCAUUACUCAUCUAACUGCCAAUGAAGAUGUUUCAAAUGAGGAAGAACUGGAUAAAGAACUGCUCUGGAACCUUCAGUUGCUUUCUGAGGUGAGUCGUGUGGAUGGAGAAAAGCUCCUCCCGUACCGCACACAGCUGGUGCAGAUUCUGCAGCUGACCCUGCGUUUGCGCUGCAAGCAGGGCUACAGUCUGGCCUGCAACCUGCUGCACCAUAUCCUGCGUUCCACAGCACUCACCUACCCCACAGACUACUGCAGUGUGCCCGGCGGCUUCAACAGACCCCUGCAAGAGUACUUGCCCAUUAAGGACUGGGGUCGUCCGGGGGACCUUUGGAACCUGGAGAUCCAGUGGCAUGUGCCCAGCGCAGAGGAGACGGCAUUUGUGUUCUAUGUUCUGGACCUGCUGCUGCAGCCAGAGCUCCAGCGUCUGCAGAGAUAUGCACAGGGAGAACAGGACAUGAGCAGAGAUGACGUUCUUCAGAGUCUGUGUAUAGUUCAGCACUGUCUGCUGGGUGCUGGCAGCAUGCUCCGCCCUCUUGAUGGACGUACAGUCACCGGCCUUGUACCCAGCAUGGUUAGUUUGGAGGAAACAAAGCUGUACAUUGGUGUUGACUACGAUGAGUCCAGAGAGAACUACCGGGAGGCCAUCUGUAAAGUAAUGAGACAGUUGCUACAUUACAUUCUGGAACACUCCGAGGAUGACACCAAAUCCCUUUUCACCAUUAUCAAGAUCAUCAGUGACUUGAUGCACUUCAGAGGUUCCCAUAAACAUGAGUUUGACUCUCGCUGGAAGAGUUUCACCUUGGUGAAGAAGUCGAUGGAGAACAGGCUUCAUGGGAAGAAACAGCACAUCCGAGCUCUUCUUAUUGACAGAGUUCUUCUUCAGCAUGAGAUGCGAAAGUUGCUGGUCGAGGUGUGUGAAUAUAAGACUGUUCAUCAGGACCUGUUGAGGGACCUUUUGCGUCUUUCCACCAGCACCUACAGCCAGGUCCGCAGCAAGGCCCAAAAUGUGUUGUUCACAGCUUUGGGGACCUAUAACUUCUGCUGCCGAGACAUUGCUCCACGUGUCCUGGAGCUACUGGAGCCCACACGAACUGAUGUCACCCAGCAACAGUUCAAGGGGGCACUGUACUGCUUGCUUGGGAACCAUUGUGGAGUGUGCCUUGCUAACCUACAUGACUGGGAUUGCAUCGCUCAGACGUGGCCUUCCAUAGUGCGCUCAGGCCUCAGCUCAGCUAUGUCUCUAGAGAAGCCCUCCAUUGUCAGACUCUUCGAUGACCUUGCGGACAAAGUCCACCGGCAGUACGAGACCAUUGGCAUCGAUUUUACAGUACCUGAGAGUGCAGUUUUGCUAGGCCGGCACAUCACUGAUUCAAGCCAACCCACUCCACACAUUGGCACUCCCACAGAACAGGAGCUGGAGCAGGGACUGGCACUUCAACAAGACAAAAACCAUGAGGCAGUGCAGAAAUAUGAAAAGAUUGUGAGAGACCUGUUGGAAUGUCUAGAUGACAGGGACCUGCCUUGGAAGUUUGAGCACAUUGCUAUUGGCUUCCUGUCUCUACUGCUAAGAGAUGACUAUCCCCUCCCGGCCCCAGCGGUGCUCUUCUUUGUACAGAGCCUCAACCAUGAUGCACUUGUUGUUCGCAAGAUGGCGAUCGCCGCAAUCGCAGGCAUACUGAAACAGCUGAAAAGACCACGCAAGAAAAUACCAGUUAAUCCCUGUGAUAUAAGUGGGGUAACGGAGCCGGAGGGGCUGGUGGCAGGAGACAAGCCGGGGAAUGACUGGCUGCAGUACCAUGGUGACAGCCUGCUGAACACCCAGCAAGACUGGGACAAUUUCUGCUUUGUAGAGAAGACACACUGGGGCUACUACUGCUGGCCAAAGAAUUUGAUGGUAUAUGCCCCAGCAGCGGAGCAGCCCAAGGAUCUUUCCGCUGAGAACAUGAAUGAGAGGGAGCAUGUCAUCUAUGACCAUUUCACAGAACCCAUGUUCAUCAAACAGCUCAUUGAGUUCCUGUCUCUUGAGGACCGAAAGGGCAAAGACAAGUUCAAUCCUCGUCGCUUCUGUCUCUUCAAGGAGAGCCGAGAUCCACGAAAGCUUCACUGGCUUUUUGAGAUGUUGAUGGAGUGUCCUCUCAGUGGGGAAGGUGGAUCGUUUGUAGAUGCCUGCCACCUUUACGUGCUGCAAGGUGGUCUGGCACAGCAGGAGUGGAGGGUCCCAGAGCUGUUACACAGAUUGCUUAGUUACCUGGAGCCCAAACUCACUCAGGUUUAUAAGAAUGUGAGAGAGCGCAUUGGCAGUGUGCUGACGUACAUUUUCAUGAUUGACGUCACCCUGCCACACACUCUGCCUACCAAGUCACCACACAUUGCGGAGUUUACUGAAAGGAUCUUGUCUCAGCUGAAGCCCCUGAUUGAGGGAGACGAGGAGAUCCAGAACCACGUGGUGGAGGAGAACGGAGUGGGGGAGCAGGACGAGAGGACCCAGGCCAUCAAACUCCUCAAAACUGUUCUGAAGUGGCUGAUGGCCAGUGCGGGGCGCUCCUUCUCUACUCCAGUACCUCAGCAACUGCAGCUGCUGACCCUGCUCUUUAAGAUCGCUCCUGUAGAAAAUGAUGACAGCUAUGAUGAGCUGAAAAGGGACGCAAAGAUGUGCCUGUCCCUCAUGUCUCAGGGUCUCCUCUAUCCUGAGCAGAUCCCUACGGUACUGAAGGUGCUACAUGAGAUUGCUGGCAGCAGCUCUUGGCAUGCACGAUUCUCAGUGCUAACAUACCUCCAGAUAAUGGUGUUCUAUAAUCUCUUCACCAUACUGAGCAAUGAGCAGGCUGUUCAGGACGUAAGAUCACUGGUCAUCAGGCUACUGGAGGAUGAGCAGCUGGAGGUGAGAGAGAUGGCUGCCACCACUCUCAGUGGCUUCCUGCAGUGUAACUUCUUGGCAAUGGAUGCCUCCAUGCAGACUCACUUUGAGGCUCUAUGCAAAACCAGAUUACCCCAAAAGAGGAAGAGAGGCUCUGUGGUGGACACCAUUCCUUCAGUUGAUCUUGUACGGCGUCACGCCGGUGUGCUGGGACUCAGUGCUUGCAUCUUAUCCAGCCCGUAUGAUGUCCCAACCUGGAUGCCUCAGCUCCUUAUGGACCUCAGCGCACACCUCAACGACACGCAGCCUAUUGAGAUGACCGUGAAAAAGACUCUGUCUAAUUUCCGCCGUACUCAUCACGACAACUGGCUGGAGCACAAGCAGCAGUUCACAGACGACCAGCUCGUGGUGCUCACAGACCUUCUCGUGUCACCCUGCUACUAUGCAUAGACGGGUUGCAACAAUGUUGCUGCAGGUUUUAGUUUGUUGUUGUUGUCGUUGUUUUUAUUUCAUAUUCAAAUAAAAUAUCUUAUGCAUUCAUGAGGAUGGGAUGGGAGGACACAAAUGCUCAGGAUCUCAGCAUCUAUAGCAGAACCUCUCGAAUACAGACCCAGAAGCCCACUAAACCAUGAGCACAUGAUGAGGAGGGGAGGAGGCACGUAUAGGCACGAAGGAGACACGAGAUGAGUAAUUUAACAACCUAGACAUAUACACUGUACGUACUGUUUGUAUGUAUAUAUCUAGCCCAAAUUUUUGCAUUUCAACUAUACUUAAUAUUUAAGGUUUCCCAGUGCAGGAAUGUAUGGCCUGUAGUCUGUAAUAUUAUUGUACAGAUAGAUUAUUUUUUUCCUCUAUAAUCCUGUGUGUUGACAUGAACUGUGUGAUGGACUGAAUGCCUAUGGAUCGCCCCAUAAAUCCAACUCCAAAGCCCCCACGAUGCUCUCUGCCGUGAGGUUCUCAGCGAUCUGAGCAUGUGAAGAUAGUCCAACGACUGAAUCCAUUACGUUUAGUCAUUUCAAAACCACUUUUCUGCAUUUAACUGGAAGAUUUUUCAUCUUUUAGCAUUUUGUUUUCAGUAAACCUUUUACAGCUAGCAGCAUGUGAUUCUUUGUUGAGUGGCAUAGAGACAUUUUUUUCACGCCAGCAUCUUUUCAAUCCUAAUUCAGGAUUGUUUUUUUUUUCCUUCUGUCACUGUUUACUCCAGCCUCAGUACAGAACCACUUCAGAUUGUCCUCUGAAUCACACAAGGCACCAGGAAGGGCUUCAGGUUCUACUAUGGUUAGCUCCGUUUUACAUUUGCAAGUGUACAUAACAAAAACAUUAUUUAGCUUAGUGCCAAAACUGCAGUGAAUUUUCUCUUAUUUUUGUUUUACUCUCAAGGCCAAUAAAUGUAAUGUUUUUAACA